GUAAACAACAUAUUUUUGAAUUUAAAUGUUUGAAGUAAUUAUUAAUUGAAAGUAUUGAGAUUCUGGUUUUUUUUUGUGGAACAAACAAAUAAAAAUUUUGCUAGUUUAACGAGGAUAAUCAUUUAAUUAUUAGAGCACGCAAACAAAUAGAAUAAGGAAAGCUAAACAAAAAAAACCAAAACUGUUCGCUGUCUUAAGAAAUUCAAAAAGAAAAUUUUAAAAAAUAAUCACAAAGGAAGAAAACCAGGAAUUCAUAUCUUUUAUUUCGCAUGCAACAAAAGAGACGACGUGAUAAGGAAACGGAAGUAACACGAAAAACAGCAACAAAAUAAAAUACCAAAAAGAUAUUGAAAAGGAACAAAAAAAAAAAAAGAAGACAAGAAGUAAAUUUGAAAAAAGAUAAAGGAAAACAUAGCAGUUUGUACGCGCAUUUAAAUAAAUAGAAAGAAACUGGAAAGAAAAUAAAAGAAAAAUAAGGAUUCAGGAUGAUGGAAAAAUGAAUUUUUCAAGAUUUAUUGAAUGAAAAAGAUAUAUUGGUAAUAUAAAAUAUUUUAAGGAAAUGUACUACAUUGAACGCAAUUAUAAUUACAAAAUAUUUUAAGAUCGACCAAAAAUAUCAGUAUAAUAAAUUAAUGAAAUGCAACUCAAAACAUUUUAUAUGGUUUAAUAAACUGAAUGGUGAUGAUGAACAUUAUAAAAAAUUAAAUUUAAUAUCAACUGUGCUCGUACAACAACUUUAAUGUCAAACAUUUAGUGAAAAUCGCAUAACAUUGCAUUAAAAAUAAAAGCCAUUUAAAUUUUGAAAAUUACACAUUCAACAAAGAGAACCAACUUAAGGAUAUUCUGUCGAAGAAAAUUUGCGAAAAAAAUUCAACAAAAAAAAAAAAAUAAAACCUUGAAAAACAUCAUUGAAAUUAUUAACAAUAUUAAAAAACAAAAGAAAAGGACUCUUGAAGACAGCAUCCAUAAUUACACACUCAGCAAAUAAUCUUUUUAAAUAUAAAGAAUUUCGUAUAUGUGAAGAAGGAAGAAAUUAAAAUAUCUUGUAAAUUUUACUACAUACUUUAGGCAUCCAAUUGAAAAUUUCUUCUUAACAUGAAAAUAUAAUUAUUAUAUAACCUUAUAAUAAUUAUAUAGGAGACAAAAUUCAGAAUUUAUUUUUAUCAACACGUAUAUGCGAAUAAUUUUUUUUCAUAAAAAAUUUUUUCAAAUGCUCAAAUAAUUAUAUUGUAAAUGAAAAUAUAAAAAUUUUAAGGAAAUGAAAUUAAUUAUUGUAAGAAUUUUUCCUUCUUCAUUACCUACAAAAGCAAUUAAAAUCAAAAGGAAAAAGGAUUAUACAUAAUUAAAACAGAAAAGAAAAUUAUAUUUGAAAAAAAAAAACAAUAGAAGUAUAACGUGAUAAAAAUCCAAAUUCUAGAGGAGCAAGACAGAUAUAUAAAAAAAACCGUGAAAGGAAGAGGAGAAAAAUUUAUUAUAAAAUUGAAGGACGUAAAGGAAAAAAAAAAAUCUUCAAAUUACGAACAAAAGCAAAAGGAUAUCUUUUAUUUCUAUAUUUUUUUGGCAAAAUUUCAUAUACAAAAUUGUAAAUUGUUUAAAUUCAGAGCUACUUUUACCAAUAUUUAUUUAAACUCAACACUUAUAUAACCUAGAAAGUGCAGCAUUAUUAAAUUUUAGUUUUCAUCUUCGACUAAUGGUUUUUUAUUCUUCAAAUAUACCGAAAUACUGCAUUUUAAUUAUUUAUAUUUUACCAUUUUUUACCAUUAUACUUAAAUAAGUUUUUUCGCUGUUUAUAAAUAUUUUGAGACGUAUUAAACACUUUAUAUACAAGCAUAUAAUUAUAUUCACAUUAGUACCUGUUUACAACUAUAAAUCUAUAUAUUAAAAAAGUUUUUGGCCUAAAUACAAACUUCCAUGUUUACCUCAUCAAAAAACAAAAAUAUUUAUUGGUUUUUCUUCACAACAAAAGAACAACUAAAACAGCAGCAGAAAAUAGCAAAAUUCAUUAAAUUCCAUUCAACUAUUUUAUAAAUUUUUUAAAAACGCAACUUUAAAUUCAACAAUAAACAAAAAAUAUUUUGCUUCUUCUAUAUAAGAUUUUAAUAAUAGUCAAGAAUAAAAACAAAAAUAUUCGCUUACAACGUUAUAAAUUGCGAUACAAGACUAACAUUAUACUUAAAGAAAUAAGCAAAUUUUAGAAAAAGGAAUUAAAAUAAUAAAUCAUAUAAUAUAACAAUAUCAAAAUAAUAAUAUAAAAAAAUUUUCAAAUGAACGUUGAACAAACCAGAGCUUCAAAAGAAAAUAUUCUUAAAAAUAUAGAAUAAAAUAAAGGGAAAAACAAAAAACUUUUUAAAUUCACACAAAAAUUCAAAUAUUUUCUGGCACUUUCUCUAUAAUAAAAGUUAAUUAAUCUUAUAUAACUUAAAAAUAAUUAAAACUAUAAAUAUAAUAAAAAAAAAACACCUAUAUAUACAUAUACUGAUUUACCUUUUUUGCUCGUAGCUAGCUAUAACUAUAAUCAAUUGAAUUUUUAAUAAAAUAUUGUCUAUAUAAAUAUAAUAUAAAAUAAUAUUUUAAAAUAAAAACACUAUUAGAAUUGCCAUCAAUAAAAUAACAUACAUCCAUUACUAUUAUAUUGUCGAAUCGCAUAUAUAAACAUCUAUAUCGCGCUUUUCUUCAAAAAGAGUUCCUUCAAUAUUUUUUAAAUGCCAAAUUAUUACGUAUAAAAAAUACGCAGUUUCAACCAACAUCCAGACUAAAAUAUUUAAAAUUCUAUUAAAUAUAUUAUAUAAUAGUACACUUCCAACUGUUGAAAAAAAAUUCACAAGAAUAUCUACAAAUAUUCAAGAAAAUUAUUCCGGAAAUUUGAACAAGUUGUUGCAGUUAUCAUUAAAACAUUAUAUUGGAAAUAACAUUAAAAAUCUAUAUAUAAAUUACAAGAAAAUCAAUGAAAUUAAAAAUUCAAUGAAAUUUUCAUUAUAAUUGCACAAUUGACAAUUCUGGGAAAGCUCAUAUUAUAUAAAAAUAAAAUAAUUUUGGAUUCACAAAAUAAAAUUAUCAAUUAUCUACCUUUCAAUUCAUUAUUUUUAUUAUCGGCCUUAUUUUCAAAUUUUAUAUUUUAUUUUAAUUAUUAUAAAUCAAAAUUAAAAAAAAAAGAAUUACUAAAUUAUUACAAAAAUAAAAAUGUUUACGAGACGUAAUUGGUUACUUAGAUGUAGUAUAUUAAUAAAUAUUGCUGUUAUUUUAUAUAUAUGUAGUCAUGUAAUGAUUGGUGGAGGUGGUAAUUUUGCUACCGGUCCAGCAUAUUUUAUACAAUCAGCAGAUGAUGUGCCUAAUAGUAAUACAAAUAGUAAUAAUAAUAAUAGAAGACAAAUAGUUGUAUCGAAUAUAAUUGAAAAUAAUAAUAAUAAACAAGAACAAGAACAACAGCAACAUCAACAUCAGCAACAACAACAUCAUCAUCAUCAUUUAAAACAUCAACAACAACAAAAAUUAAUUGAUAGUAAUAGUAAUGAUGAUAAUAUUAGAAUUAAUAAUGAUGGUACAGGUGGUGAUGUUAUUAUGAAAAUAGUUUCUUCAUCAAAAAAUUCUGGUAAUAAACCAGUUAAAGAACAGGAUAGUGAUAAAUUAAAUAAAAUUGCUCAAAUUGAUGAAGAAACAAUACCAGGACCAAAUGAAGAAAUCGCUGCACCACCUAUAAUACAAGUAGUUAGUCAAAAACAGCAACAACAACAAUUACAACAUAAUAGUAAUAUAUUAUCAAAAGAUAAUACAGCUAAUGCUGGUAAUAAUGUUGCUGGUAGUGGUGGUGCUCCUGCUUCAGCAGUUGCUGGUACAGGGGUUGUUGUUAAUCCAAAUAAUGGAGAAAAUCCUGUGGCAUCACCUGCUGAUGAAAAACGUUUUGAAGUGCCAACUGAUUCAAAUGAAAUAGCUGCACAAGAGAAAAGUCAAAGUGAAAUUGCUGGUCAACCAGAUCCAAAUGGUGGUUUUGUAAAUAAUUCAAAUACUGAUAAUUAUGUUGUUAGUGGAGAUGAAAAAGAUUUUGAUGAACGAUUACGUUCAUUACUUAAGUGCCAUGAUCGUGAUUAUAUACCAGAAACAUUACAGCGAGGUGAUUUUUGGGUAUUAAAAAAUUAUAUUAGAGCUGAUCAUGGUGAAUUAAAGUGCCACGAAACAGUUACGUAUACUACACAUGCGGAUUAUACAUUUUUAGAUAAUUUAAUUCCUUUAUUAGAAAGAUGGAAUGCACCUGUUAGUAUAGCAAUACAUGCACCAGGUGGUGAUUUUCAACCAACUGUUAAUUCAAUAAAAUAUUUAAGAGACUGUUUACCCGAAAGUAAUUUAGUAAGACAAUUGGUUACAUUUCAUAUAUAUUUUAGUACGAAACAUAUCCCAAAGAAUGUACCGAAAUAUGAUCAAGUUUUAGCAACGCCAUAUAAUUGCACAUUAUCGCCACCAUUUAUUAAUAUAACAUCUUCACAUUUGUAUAAAACACAGAAAAAAUUAUUAUAUCCAGUUAAUGUUGGACGAAAUAUUGCAAGAGAUGCAGCUUUAACACAUUUUAUAUUAGCAAGUGAUAUUGAAUUAUAUCCGAAUCCAGGAUUAGUUAAAAAAUUUUUAGAAAUGAUAGCAAGAAAUGAUGCAUACUUACAGAGAAAAUCUCCAAGAGUUUUCCCUCUGUCAAUUUUCGAAGUUGAAAGUACCGUUCCAGUACCAAAAGAUAAAACUGAACUUCAAGAAUUAUUAAGAACGAAUAAAGCAAUUCCAUUUCAUAAGAGAGUAUGCUCAAGUUGUCAUGGUGUUCCAAAAUCAAAAGAAUGGAUGGCAACAAAUGAAACUGAGGAAUUAGGUGUUUUUCAUAUAGGUAAACGUGUCGGGUAUUUUGUACAUUGGGAACCAAUUUAUAUUGGAACACAUGCUGAUCCCCAUUACGAUGAACGAUUAAGUUGGGAAGGCAAAAGUGAUAAAAUGACUCAGGGUUAUGCACUAUGUGCAUUAGAUUAUGAAUUCCAUAUAUUAGAUAAUGCAUUCUUAGUACAUAAACCAGGUAUAAAAAUUUUAAAGAAGGAUUCAAGAAGAGCAAUGCUAGCAACAAAAACAAAUCAACUAAUUAAAAAAAUUAUAUAUCCCGAAUUGAAAGCGAUGUAUGGAACACGACCUGGAUGUGCUGUAUAGUAAUUAUCAUAAAAUAUAAUAAAUAAUUAUAAGAUCUAUAUAGUUAUAUUAUAUGUUCCGAUUAUUCUUUACUUAAAAUAAAAUGAAAUAGCAUUAAAAAAACAUAAAAAUAAUAAUAUGUAUAAGUAUAUUUAAAAAAAAGUAAUCUCGUGUAAAAAUUAAAAUUAUUUAAAAUAAUUAAGAAAGUAAAAAAUUCGCGAAAGUCAAUGAAAAAAUAAAAAAAAAAAAGAAAUAAUUAUGAAUGUAGGAAUUUAUUCUCAAGCGAACACUGCAAAAUAGUAGGAAAAAAAUAGGAAAAUGAAAAAAAUAAUUAAAAUUUGCGAUUAUGAAAAUAAUUCUUUUUAUUUGUAUAUGAAAAUAUAUAUAACAAUAUAAAAUAAAUAAUUAAUUUUUUAAUACUUUUUAGAUAAAAAUUAUAUAAAAAAUUUAAAGAAGCAACACAAAAAAUUUAAAAAUUUACAUUGAUUUUAUUUAAUCUUUUCAUCACAGAUGAACAAUGAACAUUUUGUGAGAAGAGCACUGAACAGCGAAUGAAUAGUUUACAUAAUUAUUUUUUGCAGUCAUAGCAGUUAAAUUUUAUUUUAACAAAAUUAAAAACCCCUCUCUUUUAAAAUAAUGAAUAGAAAAGUAUAAAAUUUUGAACAGUUUUUCAAAUAUUUAACAGAAUGUUAUGUAUGCAAAUAAAAAAUCAAUAAAUUAUUUAGAAAAGUUGUUUACAGUUCAGUUAAAUUCAGAUACUCUUACUGUUCAUUUCCAUUCACACUGCUGUUCAUUCUCAAUAAAUUGAAACUCU